CUGCCUCAAAAAGAAGCUUGUUUUCUCGAUUCUUGUGUGCAUCGCAAAAUACCUAGAAAUUUAUAUAUUACUAGUUUAUUUCUUUUCUUAUUAGCCUUUUAAAUUCUUACUUUCGUGGCAUGUCGUGUGAUCUUCUUUGCGUGCAUGUAAAAUAAAGUCUGUUGGAUAAUAAUCGUAGCUCAAAUUAGAAAUCCUUUGAAAUUAUGUUCCUUAUAUUUUCAUGUUCGAGUCAUAUGUGUCUGCUGGUUAAAUAAACUCAUUACACUGUUAAUAAAUUCUUCUAAAUUAGCUGUAUGGUAUACUACACUGGAGAGGGAGAUAAUUCCAUAAUUCUGAGAAGUUAUUUAAUUUAAUAAGUGAUAAUGUUAAGUGUCUAAAAACGUAUGACGAAUAUGGAAAAUUUCUAAAAAACGUUGCUUGGUCAAAGUUUUUAUGGUGUUAAUAAAUUAGAAAUGAUUUUUCCAGAAAUGUAUUCGCUUAUAUUCCAUUUGUGUAUCUUUAAGGAUUGCCAAAUUGUGCUCAAUAUUAUUAAUUUUCCAAAACAUUCUUAAUCAAUUAAGUAUCAAGUUAGUAAAUAACUGUCAUGAAUUUCAGGUUGUACGCAUUAGUUGUCAGUUAAUAUAGUGAAUAAGUUGAUUUAUGGAAAAUAUUGGAAUAAAUUCUACCUGUUGCUCAUGCAUUUUUUUUUGACCAUGUAUGUUAAUCUAUCAAUCUGAUCUAGUCAUUAAUUUAGAUGUUGCAUUGUUUAAAUUUUCUUUGAGAAUGGAUAAGGUAAAGAUUUGCCUCUGCCCGCCCUAUUAAAGGGCAUGCGAGGAAAUGGAUAAAUGAGUUUGACUGUAUUUAUAUAUUGCAAUUCUAAUAUAAUUAUAAUUAAUAAUGAUAAUUACAAUUCUAAUAAAUACAUGCAAAUGGGGUGUCCAGUAAUUAUCGAUUAUGCUAAUCAUGAAGCCAAGAUGAAAGAACAUGCCAGAUUUUAGUAAGUUCCCUGGCUACGGAUUGGAUUCAUAGUUGUAUCAAAUGCAUCAAAAUCAUAAACAAUAAUAAUACGAAUUGAAUAUAAUAAUAGCUUCAGGAGGUCUCCCCGGAGGAUGUGUGCAAGUACCUGUCAGAAAAUAAGCGGCGGGAGGAUGCUGGUUCAACCAAUCCGAUUUCCUCUAUCUGGACCAACUGCAGGAAGGCUUCGUGUCGCCUUGGCGUGACAUGGAAACUGAAUGCGGGAGAUCUGAUUCUGGAAUUUGGUAGGGCGAUCCUGGCACCCAAUGAUCGUCGCCAGGUUUUCAAGAAGUUUAGACGUGAAGAGCGGACGAAGAUCUCAUUGGACCUGACCAACAACUAUAAGGACCAGGGAAAGGUGCUGGGUGUAGUUGCUGAGUCACCCGCUAGCUCUCACUUUGUGGAUGACGGUCUAUACACCAGGUUCUGUGACUGGCGAUUCAUUCAUAGAGCAAGGCUCAAUCUCGUGCCACUGAAUGCAGUUAGGAGGUAUGUGGAGCAGGGUAACCGUAGUGGAAACCACAGCACUCUGUGCAGGAGGUGCCACAAGUUCCCUGAAACACUGCCUCAUGGCCUUAACCACUGCAUGAAGUACUCGAGACUGAUGCAGCUCCGCCACAACAACAUCGUGGACAGGGUGAAGAAUGCUGCCCUGUAUAAGGACAGAUUCAACAUCCUGUAUGAAAAUCAAGUGGUUCCGAACUGUGGUGGUAAACGACCUGACCUGGUGUUAGCAAGAGGCGACAAGGCCUACAUCAUUGAUGUAACCAUCCCGUUUGAGAACCAGAAGGACUCCUUUCGUGCCGCCAGACAAAGGAAGAUCGACGCUUACAAGAACGUGGAGCAGGAACUGAGGAAGACCUACAAAUCAGUCGAAACAAAUGCAAUUAUUGUGGGUUCACUUGGCUCCUGGGACACACUCAACAACCCUGUCCUUCAGCUGUUUGCCUCCAGAAGAUACAUUAAGAAGAUGGCAAAGUUAUGCGUCAGCGACACCAUCCGCACUUCCAGAAACAUCUACGUGGAGCAUCUCACAGGGAAGCCCCAACAGAUCAUCUUCAUUGGACAAUACACUCUUAUAUUUUGUUACAGAAUUGUUACUGGAUAAUACAAAGCGAAAAUUGUACCAGUGUAAAAACUGCAAUUACUUCUGUGUCAGUAAUAGUGAUAUGGUGAGACAUGUACGCACUCAUACGGGUGAAAAACCGUUUGACUGCCAAGUUUGUGGAAAACUUUUUUCUUUGAAGAGUAAUUUAAAAGCCCAUUUAAGAAUUCAUAAGGGAAAAAAGUUGUUCUGUUCUAUUGGAGUGUUGGCUAAUCAAGCUUUGUUUACCUCUAAGAAACUGACAGUUGAAGGUUUGUCUUACUGUAUUCAUAAAUGUUCACUUUGUGAUUACUCUUCUAAUGAGUUAUCUAGAGUUAAACAACAUAUGCGGAUUCACACUGAUUUCUCUGUGGCCGGUGAGACAAAAUUGUUCUCUAGCUCUCACAUUAUGCUCGAUGGUUUCCGCUCACGCUUACAUAAUUGCCUAUUGUGCGGUUAUUCUACUAGUUUUUCUUCUCAUAUAAAAGAUCAUGUUCGAACGCACACCGGAGAAAAACCUUUUGCUUGUCCUCAUUGUGGAAAGUGCUUUGCUAAAAAAGUGAACCUCAAGACUCAUCUAAAAGUUCAUUUUUAGUAGUGAAAUUUCAUGUGAAAAGAAAAGUUUCAUUAUUUGAACUGUUCAGUGAAUAUUUUUCCUAGUUUAAUUUUAUGUUUCUUUUUCUUGUUGAUUUUUUAUAAAUGUGGGUAACAAAAAUAAUAUUUGGCUUUAAUUGUUAAAGCUCUUUUUUUUUUCUUUCAAAUUUUGUACCUUUUCUUUAAUGAAUAAUACUAAUUUGUUGUAUGAGUAAGUAACCAAUAUCUCAUGAUGGGGUCAACAAUUAAAGAGUUUAAUCAAAAUGCUAUUAAGAAAAUUAAGUCACGCUGGUUUUUUGUACAGUUCUGACUCUUCAGAAAGUAAUAUUCUUUGUGUAUUUUAUGUGUUUUACCCAUUAGUGUUUGUCUUUUUUUAAACAGUUACAUAACAUAUAAUACAAUGUGACCUAUCAGAAAUUUUUUUUUUUACCUAAAUACCUAAUAUUUAGGCAAAAAAAAUAGAUAAUAUUUGAAAACAAAUUAUGGUAAAUUACUUAUAAGUAUUAUUUUCUUUUCUCCAGUUGUAAGAAUACUUUUUUCCUUUGAUUCUUGCAUAGUUUUAGAUAAUCUUUUUCUUUUUUUUUUGGCAUUUAAUAAAUUUUGACCUUUAAAAUUGUAACUUAGGCACUAAUGGGUUAAAUUUGCUGAAUACCUUUUUAAAAACGUUAUGUAUAUAACUAUUUCUAUCUUCUCAUGCAUUGUUUUUAAAGCUGAAAUAGUUUUUUUAAAGACUUAAUUUAUGUAAGUUUUAGUAUUUUAGAUAUCUUUAUCUAUAAUUUUUUUUCCU